CAACGAAAUAGCCAAUCAUUUGCGCUUAUUUUGAUCACGUGGUCUGUAUAUUAUUAUCUUCUUGCCACGCCUUCUGUACCAAAACAAAACAAACCCUAGCUGCCGGUAGAAAUCAGCUGUUGAUUUUUCAAAGUUUGUUCCAGCAAUCCGUGGAUUAAGAGACAAUUGAUGACCACUAAACUCAAUGUAGGAACAAAUUGAUACCCGGACUACAAUAUGCUGACUUCAAAACGGUUAGCAAAACGCUCUAUCAUCGGUACGAGGGUGUGUGGAAAAUGGACAGAUGACCGCCUCUAUCCCGGUGUUAUUCAAUCUUCUCGCGAUGCUCCCAACGGGCGCAGCCUGUACUCAAUUGAAUUCGAUGAUGGACACAAAAUACAACUCUUCGACAAUGAUAUAAUCGGACCUGGAUUUCAAAGUAUUCAGUCUUUUCAACUGAAAUCAGGUCAAAAAGUGUUCAUCACUCAUUCAGGCCGGGAGAUCAGUGGUGUGGUUGUUUUUCAUGAUGUAGAUGCUGAUGACGUCAGUAUAGCUAUACAUGAUGAUAUUGAGGUUAUCAGAAAGAUUGAUGACCUAAGAUUAUGCAAGUCCAGAAAAUCUGCCCGCCUCCAAGACACAGACACAAACUACUCAAAAGUUCUAGACUAUCACGCAACUAGAGACAAUGCAGAAACUGCUGCCAGUACUAAACGACGUGCCGUUUCCAGCUCUAUUGCCGUUCCUCGACCUAAACAGAGGAGGAGGCGCAAACAAGAAGACGAUUAUGGAGAAGAAGAAAUGGAUACUCAAAAUGCAGUCAUGGAUGAACACAUGGCUGCUCUUGUUCUCACCUCAUUCUCAUCUAGUCCACACUCUCCCAACUUCCCAGCAAACUUCAGAGAUAAUGCCGAACACUCAGGCAGUCCAAAGUCUUGGCAGGAAAAUUCAAGUUUAAACAGUGGAGGUUUCUUUAGUGGCAAAUCAGAGACAGCUAGCACCCCCUCCCCUCCAUUCACUCAGAACCUCAGUGAGAGUGCACCCCCUGAGCGAUUAUUUAUGACAUCAUCACUCGAUGAGGGAAUUGAACUCGAUGACACACAUGCUUACUUCAGUGAACCCAACAAAGCAAAAAAAUCAAAGAUCUCAACACGCACAAUGUUCAAGUGCUCAUGGCCACGCUGUAUGAAGAUUCACCCAACCUGUGCUGGUAUUGAGCAGCAUGUUAGAACAGAACACUUGGGGCCAAAGGUGACAGGUGGCGAUUUAUCAGACCAUGAAGAGGAGUUCUACUAUACAGAGAUAGAGGUCUCUGUAGAUAAUGUGACACAAACACUGGCAGACAUGCACACAUCGUCUCCUCCACCUCCCGUCAACUAUGCAGUCAGUUAUCCAGUACCCAUAGUGCCUGAUCAUGACUACCAGAAAAAGGAAUAUCAACCUAUAGCAACACUCUCGUCCACUUUUGGUGUCCAACAAACAACAAAUAUAGUAACAGUUCCCUCUGUCAUUCCUAUUCCAAAGUUAUCACGAUCUAUCUCAUGGAACACAAUGUGUGCGACAUCUCCCAAUGCAGGCAUGCAGCUGUCGCCACCAAUACGGGUUUCAAAGCCUCAAGAGCGGCUGCAGCAACACCAGGCUGCCUCUCCAAAAACAAACUUUACACCAAUCAUUGGAAAAACUUCACCUCAGCAUAAGAAGGCACGCAGUGACAUAAGGAAGUGUCGAAAAAUCUAUGGGAUGGAGAACAGAGACAUGUGGUGUACUCAAUGCAAGUGGAAGAAAGCAUGUACUCGAUUUAUGGAAUAGCUUCUCUUAGUACAAUGAAUGUCAGGCUGGCAAUGCAUUUCAUUGGUACACAUUCUAGGAUUCACCCAAAAAAUUCAUUGAUUUACAUAGAUCUAGGUUAAAUGUCCAAAAUUGAAUAACAAUCAAGUUCUGCCUGGUAUUAUCUUUAAUAUAGUUUCAUGUUUUUCAAUAGUCU